AAAGACGUGCCCCCCUCCACACACGCACACGCACGGCGCUUGUACGCAGUCGGACAGGCAGCAUUUUGGCGCAGUUUCACAUCGGCUAAUCAAAAGGGCGUUCGGUUAUUUAUUUCUUCAUUUCAAGCGUAAUAUAUUUGCGCCACAUAAAGCGUUCAACGAUGAGUUCGAUCAACGUCAAAAAGCUGAAAGUAAACGAGCUGAAAGACGAGCUGAAAAAGCGCGGACUCUCCGAGAAGGGACUGAAGGCCGAGCUGAUGGACCGCCUGCAGGCCGCUUUGGACGAGGAGGCCGCGGCAGGCGACUCCGUCGACCAAGAGGCCGCCGAAGACGAAGAGUUUGAACAGGCCGCCGAGUCGGAGUGUAUGGGGGAAGAAGAAGAAGGCGACGGUCCGGUUGAAGAAAGCAUGGAGGCGAACGAGCAGGAAGCCGAGCAAGAACAGAACGGGGCAAGCGCCGCCGGCGGCGUCGCUGAUGCUACUGUUGCUGCCGCCGAGGACCAAGAGAUGGGAGACGGGGAGGACGACGACGAGAUGGACCCCAUGCUCAAGCCAGACGUGGACGACAUUGAGAAAACCGAGGAAGACGACGGUGAGCCGGAGGAGCAGCCAGCUGAGGGGGAUGCGGACAAAGACACGAAUGCUGAUCAGAAGAAUAAGAAGGGUGUUAAGAGACGCCGGGAGGAACAUGGAAGGGGCUACUUUGAAUUUAUUGAAGAGAACAAAUACAGCUGGGCCUCAUUUAAGUCACCCGUGCCCCCCUUGGAGGAAGAGGAUGAAGAGUUUGACGACACCAAAGUCUGCCUGGACAACUACAACUGCGACCUGCACUUUAAGGUAUCACGAGACCGCUUCAGUGCCUCGUCGCUCACAAUGGAGAGCUUUGCUUACCUCUGGUCUGGAGGCAAGGCUACAUAUGGUGUGAACAAAGGCAAAGUCUGCUUUGAAGUGAAGAUCACAGAAAAGAUUCCAGUGAAGCACAUUUCCAGUAAGAACAUGGAAAUCCAUGAUGUAAAGGUUGGCUGGUCGCCGGCUGCUGCAUCGCUGCUGCUCGGUGAAGACAUCCAUUCAUAUGCAUACUCUGGGAAGGGGAAGAAGACUACAAACUCUGUGAUGGAGGACUUUGGCGAAACCUUUGAUGAAAAUGACGUCAUCUGCUGCCUCGCUGACUUUGACGGGGAUGAGACGGUUCUGUCCUUUUCCAAAAAUGGUGGCGAUCCAGCAGAAGCUUUCCGUGUGAGCAAAGACGAGCUAAACGGCCAGGCUCUUUUCCCUCAUGUCAUGUGCCACAACUGCGCCGUGGAAUUCAACUUUGGCCAGAUGGAAACACCGUACUUCCCCGUACCUUCAGAGUACACCUUCAUGCAGCAGGUUCCUGUCGAUGAGCGUAUCCGUGGGCCCCAGGGGCCGCAGACCAAGGCUGACUGUGAGAUCAUAGUGAUGGUUGGCCUGCCAGGGUCAGGCAAGACCACAUGGGUGAAGAACCAUGUCCAGGAGAAUCCUGGGAAAUACUACAUCCUGGGAAGUGACACAAUUGUGGAAAAGAUGAUGAUCAACAGUCCAAAUCGGCAACCCAAAGAGUACAACAAACUCCUUGCCAUUUCCCAGCGUGCACCUCUUUUCUUAGGAAAGUUCAUCGAGAUUGCCGCCCGCAAGAAACGAAACUACAUCCUGGAUCACACUAACUUGUCUGCCCCUGGCCAGAAGAGGAAAAUGUGUUUGUUUGCCGGCUUCCAGCGCAAAGCUGUGGUGGUGGUCCCCUCCGAGGAUGACUACAAGCAGAGGGUCCAGAAGAAGGUCAUGAGUGACGGCAAAGAAGUCCCGGAGCAUGCUUUUCUCAAGAUGAAAGGUUUCUAUUCUCUCCCCGUGGAGGGCGAGAGCUUCAACGAGGUGCUCUUUGCCGAGCUACCGAGGGACGACGCUGCCAAAGUACUGGAAACGUACAAAGAGGAAAGCAAGACCGCCCUGCCUGCUGAGAAGAAACCCAACCAGGGAAGUACCACACCAAAGCGAAGUGGUGGGUCCCGCACGGGGGGUCGCGGAGGCAAGAACCAGUUUGGCCGCAGCAGUGGGUCCGUACAGAGGGGCGGAGGCGGAGGCGGCGGCGGUGGUCGUGCGGGCUUUCAGAACAGAGGCAACUUCAGAGGAGCCCCCAACUCUCGUGGUGGCUUCACACGCCCCCCUCGGAGUUACCUCCCACCGCCGGCAUAUAGAGGAGGAUACCCCAGCCGGGGCAACUACAACCAUAGCGGUGGUCACAUCACCAACCUCGGGGGAUCCCCCAGAGGUGGACCGAUGAGGGGUAACAUGGGCCCCAGAGGCGGACACAUGAAUAGAGGUGGUCCAAUGAACAGAGGGAACAUGAGCAGAGGAGGAGGUGGUGGCAGCAGCAUGGGUCGUGGCGGAAAUAGAGGACAUCACAACCAGUUUCAGCAGAGAGGUGGUGGCCGAGGCAAUUUUGGCAACAAGAACAGCAAUUUUAGCAACAACAGGAAUAGUGGCGGUUUUGGCAACAGGAACGGAAUGGACAAAGCCCAGGCAUUCAACCAGAGCUGGCAACAAGGGUUCUGGAACCAGAAGCCAUGGAACCAGCAGUUUCAGCCCGGCUAUUACUAAGAAACUUGUUCUAAUGGACUGGUGGCCACACUGAAAACCACUCUAGCCACGGACCAUCUCCACCAACGCCAUUUUUCAUAGAAGAUUCUUAAAAGCAGGUUCUAUGAUGAGCAACAUGGUCAACAUUCCACUCCAGAGGGAGAUCAGGCGACGUGAAAUCAUUGCUCUCUGAAGAUCUAGAGGCACGUGUACAAGCCACGUGUACAAUAUGGAUUUGUUUUUCUUUAUUUUUUGUUGUAUAUUUCAUUUGCUUUGCGCCACUUUUAAAUGACAUGCUUUUAAAAAAAAAAAAGUUUAAUAUCAAGAACCAGAACUUUUUUUUCCAGGGGUGUGCAUUUUUAUGUAGUUUUUUUUUAUUUGCUUUAUUUUUAUUUGUAAUUGUAAAUAUUUGUUUGAAUAGUUAAAUAAUUCAUUCUCAUUCUAGCUUCUAAUGAUAUUGUUAAUGUCCACUGUGCAGUUAAAGCAAAGCCGCAGAUAAAUUCAAGCAAGUUUCUAUCUCUUGUUCCCACUUCCAAAACUGUAAGCCAAUUUAUGGACCUUCAAUAAACAAAUUUUCUUGUUUUCUCCUGUUUUAUGACUUAGUUCGAAGGUGUAAAAGACCUUUUGAAUGGCCUGUUUGCGCUUCUGUGAUCUUGCCUAUUCUAAUGUGCACUGAAUGGGUAAACUAUUUGAAUCUCUCAGAUUGACCUGCUUUUGAACAAACAAUGUUAACUAUAUAUUGUUUUGGGUGUGCCUUUUAAAACUCCCUCUGCACAUUUGUUUAAAGAAUCUCACGGUAGGCCAGAUCAAAUUAUCUCAAGGUUUUGAUGGUGCCCACCUAAGCAAAUGCGAUCACUCCACAUGUAUGCUUUUAAUUGGGCUGUUAAUCUGAUUGAAGUGAAACUGAAAUUGUAGCUGUACACUUUAAAAUCAAAAGCAAUAUUUAACUUGUUUCCUAGCUUUGGAUUUUGGCUGGGCUCAUGUUUGCAUGUUGACGUUAUAGCAGAGACCGUAGCUGAAUGCAGAUCAGGUUGCUCAUCUUUCACCAGCAAACUAACAAGGGCUACACAGUGUGUGCAUUUCAUAUCUACACAAAGAAGUCACUUAUUUCUGUCCUGUCUUUCAGUUCGUUUUCUCCGUGGCCUGACACCUCUGGUUCCUUCUACAUAAUUUCAGUAUGCCUAAAUAUCUUUUUGUUUGCCCCAAAGGAAUGUUAAAACAAACAUGUAAAUACUCUUGAAACAAUUAUUGCUGUGUUGUGAUGAAAGUGUUAGUUUGCCCAGUACUGCCGUGUGUUCAACUGUUUAAAUGUCUAUAAAGUUUUGUUUUGAUAAAUUAGCAGAAUUAAGGUUAAAAAAAAACAAACGCUGUAUUUUUAUUGCUUUGUCGCAGGUUGUAUAUCAGGUCCUGUAUUAUUAAACCAACCAUGCUACAGCUUG